AUGUGUGUAGGAAAGUUUAUAGAUAUCCAAGUAAUACAUAAGUUAGCCAACGCCAACGCCAACGCCAGCGCCAGUGCCAACGCCAACACCAACACCAACACCAACACCAACACCAACACCAACACCAACACCAACACCAACACCAACACCAACACCAACACCAACACCAACACCAACACCAACACCAACACCAACACCAACACCAACACCAACACCAACACCAACACCAACACCAACACCAACACCAACACCAACACCAACGCCAACGCCAACGCCAACGACCGGGCAGCCAACGAACCGUCAUCGCUCGGUAUACCGGUGGAACGAGAUUAUCGGUCUCCUCCAUUCCAGACGCCACAGAGUGAGAAGGCAAGUGCAGAGGGCUCGAACCGAGACGGAUGUCGAAGCGCGUGGGGUUGA